AUGCUUUGUUCAUCUUCGCCGAUGAAUGACAUGCGACUCUGACGCGAAGCUUAAAAAAAAAAAGAAAGGAACGGAGCUGUCUGUUCGUAUCCGAACGUCAGGCAUCUCGAAGACACGGACAUUUCGUCCAGAGUACGAUCCCCGUCGUGGCAGGUUCCUUGACUCUCGGGUGGAGCGUGACGUGCGUGGCGGAUCUUGCCAGCUAUUUCCGGCGGCACGCGGCGCCGCUGACCGCAAGGUGACGUUUGCUGUUCGUCGAACGGGAGGUGUAUUGCCUACCGGAGCUGUAUCGGGGGGCGAAAGACAAAAAGCACACGCACACGUCAGUCAGGCUGACGAAAUUCAGCAUCGAAGCGCACGAAGACGCAGUUGGAGGCGUUUGGUGUCCUGGUUGUCCAUUCCGGUCGUCGUUGCGGAUCAACGAGAUAGUAGGAAAACACUUGUCUCCUAUUCAAGGUUCCGUGCGGUGUUCUCGCCUCUAGAAAGAUGGGUCUCACAAUCAGCAGCCUGCUCACCCGGUUGUUUGGCAAGAAGCAGAUGCGGAUACUGAUGGUGGGUCUGGACGCCGCCGGUAAGACCACCAUACUCUACAAGCUUAAACUCGGUGAGAUUGUCACCACCAUACCCACGAUCGGCUUCAACGUUGAGACAGUCGAAUACAGGAAUAUCUGCUUCACCGUGUGGGACGUGGGUGGCCAGGAUAAGAUCCGGCCGCUUUGGAGGCACUACUUCCAGAACACCCAGGGCCUUAUCUACGUAGUGGAUAGCAACGACCGCGAGCGUAUCAGUGAGGCGGAACGCGAGUUGGCGAACAUGCUGAAAGAGGACGAGCUGCGGGACGCAGUAUUGCUGGUAUUUGCUAACAAGCAGGAUUUACCUAAUGCCAUGUCCGCCGCUGAGCUCACCGAUAAGCUCGGUCUUAAUUCGCUGCGAGGACGUCACUGGUACAUCCAGAGCACCUGCGCUACGCAGGGACACGGACUGUACGAGGGCCUGGACUGGUUGAGUAACGAGCUGGCCAAAAAGUGAUAGCGUCUCAUCGUAUCUGGUACUUUUAAGGACAGUUCAUUCAUCGUGUAUGGACGUAAAAGACAGGCGGAGAGUCACUCGGCAAUUUCCAUCUUUGUCAAAUUGUAUCGAUGUAACGUCUAUCAUGUACAGUUUAACAAUCGCUGCGUUCACAAUUGCUUACAGAAAUUGAUGCAAUAUACGAAUCGAGAAUAUUAUGAGCGCAAUUUAACUCUUCAUCACCGUACAUGCGAUUCGAUUCGCAUGGAUUGUGCUUUAGGAACGAAACUUGUUUCAUAGGAGGAACAGGAGCAUCAGGAUAUAAUAGAUAGUCCUUGCGUCAUUUCUAAGAAUAUAUAUAUAUAUAUACAAAGGUUGUACAUAGUACUAAGUUCUUUCAUACUUUAAUAUUUGCCAAGUGAAUUCUAAUUUUGCCUUUUUGAUGUAUCGAGUGACAAAGUAUCGUUUCGAUCAGCCGAUUUAACUGUGCGGAGAUUUAUUUAUUCAUGUAUUAUUACACGUGAAAAAAAACCGUUGGAUAUCCUAAUUUGUUUUCUAUUUUGAUCUACGUCCGUGCUAUUCAUGAAGAAUGAUACAAUGUAUGUAUUAUGUGAUGUUAUACACAGGCCGUUUACACUUUCUUGUUUUUCUAAUAAAUAAGUAAAUUUUUGGAAUUUAAGUCUUAAUUGAUAGCUUACAUAAGGCUUUACAGAUAAGUGAACAAUUAACUUUAAUAUUACGAAAGGAAAUAAAAUUUAACUAAGGUUUAUCAAUUGCGAUUUUCCU